UUUCACACAGUUUUGACUACAACAGCGAGCGAGACGUGUGUUGCGCUUGUGUCGUGACUACAGUGCGUUCGCAGUUUUUACAAACGACGAUACAGCGUAAUCCCGCUAAAUGCUAUUACUAUGUCUUCAAUAUAACGAUUUGUGUGCCAAAAACUGCAUGUAUGAUUAACUUAUCGUUGUAAACGAUAGGAGUACAUGGCUAAAUAGACUAAAACAAACUACGAGUGUUGUGUUUUCGUUCGGUGUUUAGGCGAGUAUAUUGUAACGCUAAGAAAGCGAAUUCAACAGCUGUCUGUGCAUAGUAUGCUUCAUAUUUUGCCCGAUGCUGCGAAAUAUCUCGCCGGUUAUGGUGCAGCAGUCGACUAUAUUGACACUAUAAAAAGAUAGCAAAAAAUGCGGGACGCGCUGGCAAUGAUAUCAUGACGAUAACUUUGCCCACUCCAUGAUGGAAUAACACAACGGGAACAACCCCAGCGUAGCACCAGAGUUCCAGCAGGAAGCUAGUGUUGUGCAAAAAGUUUAUCGACAGAUAACGUUAUCGUCUUAACUGUUGCGUGUUCUAAACGAUUAGUCUAUAAAGUUCGAUUUACGUUGAACGUCACACAGUACGAGUUGGCCGGUGUGUUGAGACGUGUACAGUGCUCGCGAUAUCCAUGUUUAAAAACAUACCGUCAAGCGUAUUCUGUAUCGAUAAGUGAGGCAUAGUGUUGUGACUAAGUAUCGAAUGUGUAGUUAAAAUGCGUGCAGAAGAUUUGUUGUCCGGUAUAGCGACAUUUGGCUGGGUGGUGACGUUAGUGGGAUGUCAUGCGCCAGGCAGUGAGUUGGAAUCCGUGCGAUUUGGACCCACGGACGAGAAGUUCGUCAGCGACACCUACACGGUGGCGAAUAUAAACAUAACAUAUAAGGACGAGCACGGUGUUAUUUAUUCAGAGACCUCUGAGUCUGGAAAAUACGGCGAGGGCUACAUCGGCUCGUCGCGAGGCGUCGCCGUGCACGUCCGCGCGAAGGGUCCCGGUGGCGACCGAGACCACACGGGCUGCACCUGGCCCUUGGUGUCGGUGGCCAGCCCCAACGAUCCCUUACCCCAGGAGCCGUGGAUCGCUGUCAUUCGAAGAGGCAGCUGUAACUUUGAAAUUAAGGUGCAAAACGCAUGGCGAGCUAAUGCGACCGCUGUGCUUAUCUAUAAUGACAGGGACACCACGAUCCUCGAGAAGAUGAAGCUGUCCACAGAUAAUGGACGUAACAUCAGUGCAAUAUUCACUUACAAAUGGAAGGGAGAGGAGAUAACGCGGCUGAUCGACAACGGCACGCGCGUCAUGAUCGGGAUCAUUAAGGGACGGACAUUCGCGCACGUCAACAAUAAUAUUAAUAAGACGUCAGUGCUGUUCGUGUCGAUCUCGUUCAUCGUGUUGAUGGUGAUCUCGUUGGCGUGGCUCGUCUUCUACUACAUCCAGCGCUUUCGAUACAUACACGCUAAGGACAGACUCUCGAAGCGACUGUGUUGCGCCGCCAAGAAGGCAUUAUCUAAAAUACCCGUCAAGAGCUUAAAGACUGAAGAUAGGGAGGUGCAAGGCGACGGCGAGUGUUGCGCUAUAUGCAUAGAGCCGUACAAAGUGUCGGAGACGCUCAGAUCUCUUCCUUGUAGACACGACUUCCACAAGAACUGCAUAGAUCCGUGGCUGCUGGAGCACCGGACGUGUCCCAUGUGCAAGAUGGACAUACUCAAAUACUAUGGAUUUGUGUUCACCGGCAGCCAGGAAAGCAUCCUUCAGCUGGAAGUUGAGGAGGCGCGGAGUCGCGCGCUCAGUCCCGCCAGGAACAGACAUCCACUCACACUGCUGACGAGCGACAACUCGUUCUCGGAGGCGGGCAGCGAGCGCAGCAGCCGCGCCUCCUCGCCCGACGAGCUCGUGCCCUCGCUGCACGCACGGUCAUGCGACACAAGUCCCUCGGGAUCUCCCCGGGCGGAUUCGUCGCGGCAGGACAACGCGACCAGCAGUACAGUCGCGCCGCAAGAGUGAACGCGACCUACCGCAGCUGUGCCAAAUAGACUACGUGUGCAGUGAAUGAGACAAUUGUGUUCAUAAAUAUAUAGUAAAAUACUCAAAAAAAAAACUUCCAGUGAGUGACGUCGGGUGACAAGUGAUAUUUGUACGGUUAAGGACGUAGGUUAUACACCGCAACUCCGCCUAGUCAACGAAACAGUGUUCACAUUAUGUUUGACAACACGCAGGAUUAUGUACUGCUGCGCACGAGUGGGUCGCACGGGUUUCCAAACUUUUAAUAUCUUGCCUAUAAACAGUUUGAUUUGUCUUCCUUUAAACAAAA